AUGUCGACGGCCGACGAGCUCAAGGCUUUGGGCAACAAGGCCAUCGCCGCAAAGAAUUUUGACGAGGCUAUUGAGAAAUUCACUGCCGCCAUCGAGCUCGCCCCCGAUAACCACAUCCUCUACAGCAACCGCUCAGCCGCCUACGCCUCCAAGAAGGAGUGGGACAACGCCCUGAAAGAUGCCGAGAAGACCACCCAGCUGAAGCCCGACUGGCCCAAGGGUUGGGGUCGGAAAGGUAGCGCCUUGUACGGGAAGAGUGAUUUGGCCGCCGCCGCCGAGGCCUAUGAGGAGGGUCUGAAGCUGGACCCCAACAAUGCCGGCAUGAAGAACGAUCUUGCCUCGGUCCAACGUGCCAUUGACCAGGAGCUUCAAGGCGGCGGUUUUGGCGGUGGUUUUGGCGGCGGCGAUCCCUCCGCCGGCCUAGGCCAGAUGUUCAACGACCCCCAACUCAUCCAGAAGCUCGCCGCCAACCCCAAGACGAGCGCCUUCCUUGCCGACCCCACCUUUAUGGCCAAGCUCCAGGCGAUCCGCUCAAAUCCCAAGAACACCCAGGACCUCUUCAGUGACCCUCGUAUGAUCUCCGUCCUGGGCGUCAUGAUGGGUGUGGACAUGGACGUUCGCGCCCCCGAGGACAUGCCUGGAGCCAGCGGCUCUGCCAGGGAACAAGAGGAGGAUGUCCCGAUGCCCGACGCCAGGCCCACACCCGCUGCCGCGAAACCCAAGGCACCGGAGCCCGCGCCCGAGCCUGAACCGGAGGAUGAGGAGGCGCUGGAGAAGAAGAAGGCGAAGGAGGCGGCAGACAAAGAGAAGGCUCUGGGAACCGAGCAGUACAAGAAGCGCAACUUUGAGGAGGCCAUCAAGCACUACACAGCAGCUUGGGACCUGCACAAGGACAUCACCUACCUCAACAAUCUGGGUGCCGCGCACUUCGAGAAGGGCGACUACCAGGCUUGCAUAGACACAUGCACCAAGGCGAUCGAGGAGGGCCGCGCCAUCUAUGCCGACUUCAAGACCAUUGCAAAGUCGUACGCGCGCAUCGGAUCCGCGCAUGAGAAGCUGGGCAACAUGGAUCUCGCAAUCGAAAACUUCAAGACCUCGCUGCGCGAGCACCGGACACCCGAGGUGCUCAAGAAGCUCAACGCGGCCGAGAAGCUCAAGAAAGACUCGGAGCGGCUGGCCUACAUCGACCCGGCAAAGGCCGAGGAGGCGCGCGAGGAUGGCAACAACAAGUUCAAGGCAUCGGACUGGCCAGGUGCCGUGGCGGCCUACUCGGAGAUGAUCCAGCGCGCUCCCGAGGACCCCAGGGGCUACAGCAACCGGGCCGCCGCCUUCAUCAAGCUGCUCGAGUUCCCCUCGGCCCUGAACGACUGCGACGCGGCCAUCGCCAAAGACGCCAAAUUCAUCCGCGCUUACAUCCGCAAGGCGCAGGCCUACUUUGGCAUGCGCGAGUACAGCAAGUGCCUCGAUGCAUGCACCGAGGCGCAGAACAUCGACCGCGAGCACCACGCGUCGGCCAACGCGCGCGAGAUCGAGCAGCAGCAGCAGAAGGCCUAUACGGCCAUGUACUCGGCGCGCGAAAACGAGACCGAGGAGCAGACUCGCGAGAGGCUCUCACGCGACCCCGAGAUCAUGGGCAUCAUGCAAGACCCGGUGAUGCAGGCAAUUCUGCAGCAGGCCCAGAGCGACCCGGCGGCCCUGCAGGAGCACAUGAAGAACCCUCAAGUGAGGUCCAAGAUACAGAAGCUCGUCGCCGCGGGCGUCAUCAGGAUGGGCCGCUGA